AUGGAGUAUACCGUUUCUUCCCCAGAGUCACAGAGAGAGGGAGAAGGAAAGGCGGUUAGACUGAUUAUUCAGCGUUUUUGUGUUUGCCAAGCAUACAAGAUGCCAGGUGACUUGUCAUCAUUCUGUAAGUGCUGUGGAAAGUUUUUCUUUGCUUUUCUUGUGGAGGUGCAGAUAGUACUGAGAGUGAUAUGCUGAGGUAAUGGGGUUGAUGGCAGUUGAUGAUGGAGGUGAUGGCAUGAGAGGACUCUGUAACAGAGUAGGGCCACUGCCGGGAGGAAAUAAGUCUGAACAGUUUGCUCAUAUUGUGGAGCUGCUGAAGCACCGGGAGCACUGCUUUCAUCAUUUUAUAACAUCAUAUCACUCUGUCUUUAUAGCACUGUCACAGCAGCACACACCUCAACCACAUCUACUGGGAAAUAUCUCUCCAUCCUCCCUUUUCAUAUUAUAUCCGGGAUCUCCCUCUUUCUUUCUCCAUUUACUCUCUCUACUGAUCUUUUUUUUCUCUCUUUCCUGCUCUUCCAGUCCCUCGUAUUUCAUGUUGUGAGGUGUAGGAUCAUAAUUACAGUUGCCUUUCACCAAGGUGACAAGGGAUGUUUGGUUCUGUGAUUUGUUCACUGGGAAAAUAUCAAGGUCUUAGUGACUCAGUGAAAUAAGAUAAGAUGUGCUAGCUGUGCCACUAGAGAUCCUGGUUCGAAUCCAGGCUCUGUCUUAGCCGGCCACGACCGGGAGACCCAUGGGGCGGCGCACAAUUGGCCCAGCGUCGUCCAGGGUAGGGGAGGGAAUGGCCGGCAGGGAUGUAGCUCAGUUGGUAGAGCAUGGCGUUUGCAACGCCAGGGUUGUGGGUUCGAUUCCCAUGGGGGGCCAGUAUGAAAAAAUAAAAAAUUAAAAUUAUGUAUGCACUCACUAACUGUAAGUCGCUCUGGAUAAGAGCGUCUGCUAAAUGACUAAAAUGUAAAAUGUAAAUGUAAAUGUGCUGGGGGCGUCCUGUUUCCCCAAUGGGCUUUGAGCUUUGGUCGAGACCAGCCAUCCUUACAUCCUUAGACAAUCAUAUCCAAGAGCAAUUUGUUUGAAUACGUAAAUGGCUUCUGCUACAGUAAACCUGCUUUCAUAGUACAUAUUUCAUUUCAGUGUGCCAGUUCAAGUGCCUGUGAUUUGUCAUUGUGGUACGUCAUUCACACAACUGUAAGUCUCAGCUUUGUGCUUUAGUUGUACUCAGAUUCAUGAUAACGCUGAUCAGGAAUGUGAUACGUCUCUUUGAUCAUAGAAUCUGAACAUUUGUCAGUAGAUCCAGAUCUUGACGUUCGGUUUGGUUCUCCAAAUUGCAAUGUUCUUAUUUUUUUACCCAAUUCUAAAUGCAGUAAUAUCCUUCCAUCUGAACGCCUUGUUGAUCCAUUUUGAGUUACUGUUGAGGUCUUUCUCAAACCCAAUGAUCUGCUCAAACCGGCUCAAGCCAACGCCUGCCUGCCUUGCAGUUGCUCAGGCAUCAGAUAAGUGUCACCGUGCAUCGGAUUGAAAAUCCAUACUUAUAGGAGUUAUUUUAGUGACACUAGCCUCUCUGUCCCACAGAAAUAACUAUGCAGCUCUGACAAUAGGCCACUGUUGACGAAAUAUUAGCAUGCAGAUUCCCCUGGUGUUUUUUCUACACCAUUUCGUCCAGUAUAGUGUCUGCAUUGUUCUUCAGGGAGCGCUGCACUGCAUGCCCUGUGCUCCGGGAGCUAGCUAGCAUGGUGGCUUCUGUCAGAGGGGAUAAGUUACAGUUAAUGCCGUAGAUCUCAGCAUCACACUGAUGGCCAUAGUGUCCGUUUGGGUCCAUUCGCACAUGUGGAAAACAAAUGGAGAAACGUGUGAAUUAGCAUUUCAGCAUUGGACAUUCAAUGACAAAUGGCUGACCUAGGGAUAUGAGUACCACCCUGCAUCCCACUGCUGGCUUGCCUCUGAAGCUAAGCAGGUUGGUCCUGGUCGGUCCCUGGAUGGGAGACCAGAUGCUGCUGGAAGUGGUGUUGGAGGGCCAGUAGGAGGCACUUUUUCCUCUGGUCUAAAAAAAUAUUUAUCCCAAUACCCCAGGGCAGUGAUUGGGGACAUUGCCCUGUGUAGGGUGCCGUCUUUCAGGUGGGACGUUAAGCGGGUGUCCUGACUCUCUGUGGUCACUAAAGAUCCCAUGGCACUUAACCCCUGUGUCCUGACUAAAUUCCCAAUCAUCCCCAGCUUAUUCCUUCCUCUCCCUUGUAACUAUUCCCUAGGUCAUUGCUAUAAAUGAGAAUGUUUUCUCAGUCAACUUACCUGGUAAAAUGAGUUCUGUAAAGGAAUGUGGAAAGUAUGCCAUUAUCAUUCCAAGAGAGCUAUUGGGCUUGGGGAAGGAUAUGUGUGUGCUAUGUUACUUUUAUACAGUAUUAUAACUGUAAAGACCUUUUGGCAUGGACUGAGUAGGAGACACUGUGAAACCGUUUUGAUAGUAGGUAAUGACCCUUGCUAACAAUGUAUGGUUUUCCCAGUUGCAAUAAUCUCCUAGCUAUGUAUUUUAUCCAUGUUCUGGGUCUAUUACAGGGCAUGUCACUCAGGAUCCCUUCUCUGUUGAGUUUCUCUGGCAGAAAGAGCAGGGUCUUGUCAAAGGGCCCCAUUGUGCAGGGCCCUUGUGCGCCAUGCAGGCCCCAUAGUCCAAUAGAUAACCCUUGUUGUUUCUGCGCAGGCCUGGGAUGAGGCAGAUGUGAACCCGAACAAUGGCUGCCCCUCUGAGAAGGCGGCGGCGGUGACUGACUCCACGGGCACUGAGGGGCCCAGCAGCUCCUGGAACGAAGCCAGCACAGCUGAUGCUGACGAUAGCGCCGUGCCACGCCCCCACCUGGUCCGCCUCUUCUCCCGAGAUGCCCCGGGCCGCGAGGACAACACCUUCAAAGACCGCCCUUCUGAAUCGGAUGAGCUACAGACCAUCCAAGAGCACAGCGGAGCGGGAUCAGAGUGUGGUUCAGAGGAUCAGGAUCUAGACUAA